AUGGCGCCGCACAUCGUUUUCCUGAAUUAUCAGGCGGCGGGUCAUGUGAACCCCACACUGGGCCUGGUCGUCGAGUUGCGCAAGCGUGGCUGCUUCGUCACGUACUUCGUGGCCGAGGAUGUCAAGGACGUCGUCGAGGGAGCUGGGGCCACCUGGCGCCCCUGGCGCCGGCCGGGCAGCGAGGAAACAGGUGUGGCCUCCAAGCUGGAUGCCGAGGGCAUGGCAAGGUAUGUUCCUGAAGGCAGUCCACCCGGCUCGUACAUGUCCCCCUUCGGUGCAGCGUCGUGGGACGCCCUCGUGCUGAUGCCGAACCUACUCGAGGACCUGAAGUCAUUGAGUCCACCGCCAAGCGUUGUGAUCUACGAUCCCUUCCUUGUGGCGCCCUUGGUCGCUGCUCAUGUGCUUAAGCUGCCAGCGAUGGCGUUCCUGUCCUACCCCGGGAUGGGCGUGAGCGCGGCGGACGACAAGAUGUCCGAAGCUACCUGGGUCGUGGGACCGCAGAAGGAGCUGUUGGCGAAGUACGGCUACGACAUUCUGUCGAAGGGCCGUCCCGGCGACUGGUACUCCCAGGACGGCAACCUGGUCACAACAAUUGAGCCCUUGUACCACGGCCCGAAGUUUGGCUAUCAAUCCGAGACCUUGUGCGAUGUGCCCUUCACCUGCGUUGGUGCACUGUCGGUGGCAUCAGGCAAGCGCGUGGCGAACGCAAGCGUCAAGGACGACUUGAAAGACAAAUGGGCAGAGGUCUUGGGGAAGCUGGAUGCAGAGAAGGCUGCUGGGAAGAAGGUUGUCUACGUUUCCAUGGGCACCGUGGGCAGCCGCACAGACAUGUGGAACAGAAAGUUCGGGGUGAAGGGGAUGGCAAACGGAUUGGCCGACGCAACAGGCAAGGAGGCGAUUCAGCAUUGCUUUCGAUGCUGCCUCCAGGCACUUGGGCGCCUGACUGACUCGGUGGUUGUGGCGAUGGCUCUCGGCCCCCACGCAGAUGCCUUGGAGGGCUUGCCGCCCGUGCCUCCCAACUUUGUCGUCGCACCCGCGAUGCCGCAGCUUGAGGUGCUUGAGCGAACAGAUGCUUUCGUGACCCACGGCGGUGCCAACAGCGUGCAUGAAGGUCUUGACGCAGGAGUGCCGCUGAUUGUCGUGCCGCUCUUCGGUGAUCAGCCACUCAACGGGGACAGGGUGGCAUCACUGGUAGCUGGCGUCUGCUUCCGGGAUCCCCUCAAGGCAUUGACGCCCGAGGCCUUGGAAGCAGCGGUGACACGCGCCCUGGCUCCAGGUGGCAAAUUGGCCGAAGGGGCACGGAAGCUCAAGAUGCAGCUUACGGAGUCUGGCGGCGCGUCAACAGCCGCCGAAACGAUUUUGGCAGUUGUCGCCAGGCACGCGUGA